AUGGAGGGUAUACCCAAGUCGUGUGACACCGACUGUAAGUGUGUGUCCGGCCCCACCGUGCCCAGAAGCGGCCCGCCAUCCCGAGCAGACCCUUCCCUGCGGCUAGGGCUGCAUGGCGGGGAGCGGAUCUCGAGCGGGUGGAUGCGCCUCACGCCCACUCUCCACGCAGGGUCGGUCAAGGAGUGCGAGGAGAACCAGUUCCGGUGCCGGAACGAGCGCUGCAUCCCUUCUGUGUGGAGAUGCGACGAGGAUGACGACUGCUUGGACAACAGCGACGAAGACGACUGCCCCAAGAAGACCUGUGCAGACAGCGACUUCACCUGUGACAAUGGCCACUGCAUCCCUGAGCGGUGGAAGUGUGAUGGCGACAAGGAUUGCCCCGACGGCUCUGAUGAGACCAAGGCUGCCUGCACCAAACAGGUGUGCCCGGCGGAGAAGCUAAGCUGUGGACCCACCAGCCACAGGUGCGUGCCCGCCUCGUGGCGCUGUGACGGGGAGAAGGACUGCGAGAGUGGAGCAGAUGAGGCCGGCUGUGCUACGUUGUGCGCCCCGCACGAGUUCCAGUGCGGCAACCGCUCGUGCCUGGCCGCCGUGUUCGUGUGCGACGGCGACGACGACUGCGGCGACGGCAGCGACGAGCGCGGCUUCGCCUGCCGCAGCGGCGAGUGCGUGCACCUGGGCUGGCGCUGCGACGGCGACCGCGACUGCAAGGACAAGUCGGACGAGGCCGACUGCCCACUGGGGACCUGCCGUGGGGAUGAGUUCCAGUGCGAGGAUGGGACUUGUGUCCCUGCCAUCAAGCGCUGCAACCAGGAGCAGGACUGUGCAGAUGGAAGUGAUGAAGCUGGCUGCCUGCAGGAGUCCACAUGUGAGGGUCCCCGCAGAUUUCAGUGUAAGAGUGGAGAGUGCGUGGACGGCGGGAAAGUGUGUGAUGCACAGAGGGACUGCCAGGACUGGUCGGAUGAGCCUCAGAAAGAGUGUGGGCUGAACGAGUGCCUGCACAACAAUGGCGGCUGCUCCCACAUCUGCACUGACCUCAAGAUUGGCUUCGAGUGCACGUGCCCAGCAGGCUUCCGGCUCCUGGACCAGAAGACUUGUGGUGACAUUGAUGAGUGUGAGGAUCCAGAUGCCUGCAGCCAGAUCUGUGUCAAUUACAAGGGCUACUUCAAGUGCGAGUGCCACCCUGGCUAUGAGAUGGACUCAUUGACCAAGAACUGCAAGGCUGUCGCUGGCAAGAGCCCGUCCCUAAUCUUCACCAACCGGCACGAGGUGCGGAGGAUUGACCUGGUGAAGCGAGACUACUCGCGCCUCAUCCCCAUGCUCAAGAACGUCGUGGCGCUGGACGUCGAGGUUGCCACCAAUCGCAUCUACUGGUGUGACCUGUCCUACCGCAAGAUCUACAGCGCCUACAUGGACAAGGCCAGCGACCCGGCGGAGCAGGAGGUUCUCAUCGAUGAGCAGCUGCACUCCCCAGAGGGCCUGGCGGUGGACUGGGUCCACAAGCACAUCUACUGGACCGACUCGGGCAAUAAGACCAUCUCAGUGGCCACAGUUGAUGGCGGCCGCCGAUGCACUCUCUUCAGCCGGGACCUGAGUGAACCCCGGGCCAUCUCUGUCGACCCCCUGCGAGGGUUCAUGUAUUGGUCUGACUGGGGAUACCAGGCCAAGAUCGAGAAGUCUGGGCUCAACGGUGCAGACCGGCAAACACUGGUGUCAGACAAUAUUGAGUGGCCCAAUGGUAUCACUCUGGAUUUGCUGAACCAGCGCUUAUACUGGGUGGACUCCAAGCUGCACCAGCUGUCCAGCAUUGACUUCAACGGAGGCAACAGGAAGAUGCUGAUUUCCUCCACGGACUUCCUGAGCCACCCUUUUGGGGUAGCUGUGUUUGAGGACAAGGUGUUCUGGACAGACCUGGAGAACGAGGCUAUUUUCAGUGCAAAUCGGCUCAAUGGCCUGGAAAUCUCCAUCCUGGCUGAGAACCUCAAUAACCCACAUGACAUUGUCAUCUUCCAUGAGCUGAAGCAGCCAAGAGCUGCAGAUGCCUGUGAGCUGAGUGCCCAGCCCAACGGAGGCUGUGAGUACCUGUGCCUUCCUGCUCCUCAGACCUCCAGCCACUCUCCCAAGUACACAUGUGCCUGUCCUGACACCAUGUGGCUGGGCCCAGACAUGAAGAGGUGCUACCGAGUACCUCCAUCUACCUCAACCACGACGUUAUCCUCUACCACAACGAAGACAGUAGCUGCCACCACAAGAGCCCCUGGGACCACUGCCCACAGCCCCACCUACCACAACCACAGCACAGAGACGCCGAGCCUGGCUACUUCGGUCUGGAGCUCCGUUAGCGUCCCCAGGGCUCCCAGCAUCAGCCCAUCCACCGCAAGCCCUGCAACCAGCAACCACUCCCAGCACUAUGGGAACGAAGGUGGCAAGAUGGGCUCAACAGUCACUGCUGCUGUCAUUGGGAUCAUCGUGCCCAUGGCCGUGAUAGCCCUGCUGUGCACGAGUGGCUACCUGAUCUGGAGAAACUGGAAGCGGAAAAACACCAAGAGCAUGAAUUUCGACAACCCAGUGUACAGGAAGACAACCGAGGAGGAGGAUGAAGAUGAGCUCCAUAUAGGGAGGACUGCUCAGAUUGGCCACGUCUAUCCUGCAGCAAUCAGCAGCUUUGACCGCCCACUGUGGGCAGAGCCCUGUCUUGGGGAGACCAGAGAACUGGAAGACCCAGCCCCUGCCCUCAAGGAGCUUUUUGUCUUGCCGGGGGAACCAAGGUCACAGCUGCACCAACUCCCGAAGAACCCUCUUUCCGAGCUGCCUGUCGUCAAGUGCAAGCGAGUGGCUUUAAGCCUUGAAGAUGAUGGACUACCCUGAGGAUGGGACCACUCUCUUCGUGCCUCAUGGAAUUCAGUCCCAUGCACUACACUCUCUGUAUGGUUUAUGACUGAACGGAUGGUUUCUGUAUAUGGGUCUGUGUGAGUGUGUGUGUGUGUGUGUGUGUAUGUGAGUGUGUGUGUAAUUUUUUCUUAAUUUAUGUUGCAGAAAGGUAACCACAAAGUUAUGAUGAACUGCAAACAUCCAAAGGAUGUGAGAGUUUUUAUAUGUAUAAUGUUUUAUACACUUUUUAACUGGUUGCACUACCCAUGAGGAAUUCAUGGAAUGGCUACUGCUGAGUGAUUAACAUAAUGUACAUAACGGAACUGGGCCUGGUGGUACAGUGGCUUACUCACCAUUUAAAAACUAUAUUUACAGAGGAUGUUUGGUUUCUUGGGGUUUUUUAGGUUUGGGGGGUUUUGUUUUUUUUGUAAAUAAAAUAAUUAUGCUUUGUGGCUAUCCAUCAACAUAAGUAAAAAAAGAAAAGAAAAAACAAAAACGCUUCAACCCCCUUCCCCAUUUAGAUUAUUUAUUAACAUAUUUCAAAAAUAAGAUUAGUUCUAUAAACAAUUUAGAAAAGUGAGAGUAUUUAUUUUUGGUAUGCUUGGCUCUCCAUGCAGACUGUGUGUGUGUGUGUUUCUGUUUCUGUUUCUGUGUGUGUGAGAGAGAAAAAUCUGUAGAAAAGAGUGCUCACGUAUGGUUAUUGUUCAAAUACACAAAGAUAGAUAUAUUUUAAAACAGUCCACAAGAGGGUUAUCUGUAGUUUUCAGAGAAGCCUUCAGAAAUUUGGCUCAGAAGGCAGAUACCAUGGAUUGUGCAAACACCUAGUGAAAGAGGCAGAUCUUUUCCACCUCUGGCUAUUCCUGAGGCUCCAGUCAGUCCGGAGAAGCCCUCCAGCUCACCCAUGGCUGCGGUGACUCCUACCUGGGCUUUCUGUUCUGUGGCUAAGGCCACUGUGCAGACUUUAUACAGUUCCAGAAGCACCUGUGAGCUCAAGUCAGAACAUGCCAGCACCUCAGCUGCUCCUAGUUUUAAAAGUUCAGCUCUUUGAGUAACUAAUUUCCUUCUGGGCACUUGGGUUGAAAUCACUAAGUGUCCUCUGCAGCACCCUGAAGGGUGCCAUCCUUACGUGCAGAGCUAAGAAUGUUUCCAGGACAGGCCAAGUUGUCCCUAGGGACCGGCUCAGCACGGGAAGUCUUAGACGAGCUGUGGCUGAGAUUAGGAUGGUGGGAUAGGUUUUACUACAUCUCUGUUUCUCCCUUCUCCUGACUUUCUGCCAUUUCCUUUUGGUGAGGAAAACAUUUUAAAGUAAUACAUAGGUUUCUUACCAUCAUGUGUUCAUAUAGAUAAAACUAAUUUUUGGCUUAAGUCAGAAAAGGUAGCCAGACCAGAAGUCAUAUUUGAGAGGGGAAAUGGCAUACGCAAUAUUAUAGUACAUUGGACACAUAGGUUCACGCAGGGAUUUGGUUUACUGCUUUGUAAAUAAAAGGAGAAACUCUGGGUGUAUGUAUAGAGUUUUUUUUUUAUUAUAGGCACUUUCUUUGUUUUCCUUGGGCCAUGGUGGGCAGGAAGAAGUGCUGUUUUCUCUUUAUGG